GCACGCACACACUCUCACAUUGCUGACUAACAACACAAAUUGAAUUACGACAUUCCUGUAAAGACAAUGAAUGGCUUUUGUGUGUGCGGUGACCCAAAGCGACGUUCUCAGGAAAUGAAAUUAUACACCAAUUAUUGCCAGCAACAGCAAAAGCUUUUAAGAAAUUGGAAAGAGCAGCCAAGACGAAACGAAACGAAACGAAACGAAAUGUGAGCGGUGAAUAUGGCAACGAAAUCUCAAUAAUUAAUCAAAUAAUAAAUCUCGGUGAGCAAUUAAGAGGAGAAAGACAAAGCCAGCGAACCGAAAGGCCGAAAGCAAUAAAAACCAUUGAAAAGCCGUUGGCUCAGCAUUAAUUAGCGCUAAACGCCGUCGCAACAACGGCGGUAUCGACAUCAGCAGGAGCAACAGAAACAGCAGCAUUGACGGCAGCAACAUGAACUCCCCAGAGCAACAGCAACAGCAACAGCAAAAGCAGCAGCAUCCGCCGCCAACUUAUUAAAGCAACGUGGCCUAAAUGAUGCCCGAAACUGAACGCGAUACGCAUUUGGAGGCAGCGGAAAUGGGACAUAAUUAUGGCAUUGUGAAGGAGCACCAGCAGCAGCAGCAACAUCACCACCUGCAACUCCAUCAGCAGCAACAGCAGCAUCAGCACUCCACUUCCGACCUGUACAAGAUGGCGGCGACCAGUUAUGUUUACACCAGUCCGCUGACCAUACCGCCUCCACCGAUGACCAUGGUCAGUCCCAUCGGCAGCAGCAAGGAGAAGCUUGUGAAUCUGUUGCGCGUCCGCGACAACAAUAACAUGGCCAGCCCGAUCUCGGACAGUCCGCCCACUACUUUUCUGCAAAAACAGCUGGAGGCGGUGGUGGCCCCCAGGCCAAGUUCAGUGCAUCCCCAGCAGCAGCAGCAACAUGCCCCGCAGCAGCAGCAGCAACAGCACCAGCACCAGCAGCAACAACAACGGCGCUCGGCCAGCACACCUGCAAUCACAACUACACCUGGACCGCCCACUAAUUGGCAUGCCCAUGUCUAUGCCACCCAACCGGACCGGCCCACUCCCCACUCCAUAGCCGAUAUCCUGGGCAUAUCCGUGGUCAAAAAGGACCGGCCAGAGGGAGCCUUUGAUUUGACCGGUCCGGUCAUGUCACCGAAUAGCAUACUGAAGCCGUACCAGGACAUGCCGCCCAUGAGGAGCGCCUCCAUUUCGAUGAGCGAUGCCAGCGAGGAGGACAGUGCUGCGAUUGCAGGAGCAACGUCUGCAGCAGCAGCUACAGCAGCAGCAACUGUCACGGCGGCAACUCCGCUCGAUCAGCCGCUAAAUCUCUGUGUGGCCAGAAAGUCCCGCGACAGCAACAACUCACCCAUGCCGGCCACCAAGCAGAGCCACAUUCUCGGAAAGUCUGCCGCCAAAAAAGAAAGCUCUGGCAAGCCAGCAGCCAAGAAAAAGAAGUUGACGCCCACCAAUACGGCAACGGUUCCACUGCCGCCGGACAUUAGUCCCACGGGCAGCAGCGACAGUCUGAUGCGUGACAAGGUGAUGGCCGCCAACAACAGCAACAGCUCGCCCGGCAGCAACGCCAAUCCACAGCAGCUGAGCAAUGCCAACAGCACCUUGGAGACCACCGAGGAUGACUCCGACUCGGGAUCCACCGAUGCCCGGCGAAAGAAGAAGGCCCGCACCACGUUCACCGGCAGGCAGAUUUUCGAGCUGGAGAAACAGUUCGAGGUGAAGAAGUAUCUUAGCUCCAGCGAGCGCACCGAAAUGGCCAAACUGCUGAUGGUCACCGAAACGCAGGUUAAAAUAUGGUUUCAAAAUCGCCGCACCAAGUGGAAGAAGCAGGAUAAUGUCACGAACAACGAGGCCGCGGAACACAAAUCCACGAAUGUCAAGCCAGCAACAACAGCAACAGGUGGCGAACCGGGCGAAAAGAAAGCCUCCAAUACGAAUACAAAUUCGCCCACUGUUGGCAAUGCCGUUGCCACUGUUGAGGCCAAAAAAUCUCCAAAGUCUCCAAAUCGCGGCAGUAACAAUAACAACAAUAAUACACUAAAUAACAAUGUUAAUAACAGCGAUGGGAAAUUGCCGGGCAAACAAAGUACCACCAAAAUUAAAAAACAAUUGAAUGCGCUGCUGGAGAAGACCGUAAAAACGGCCAAUCAGGCAAAUCGUAGUGCGGAAAUGGAGACAUCGGAUCAAAUGCCUGCAGUCGAAAAAAAGAUAAGUAAUAACAAUGAAAAUCAAUUGCUGCAUCAGCGUUUGCAUCAACAUGCUAUACCUUUGACGGUAGAACCAGCUGCUCCACUCGAACAAACCGAGAAAUUGGACAUAAAACUGGAAGAGUCGCCGCAACAUCGGGAAUUACAGUUAAGUCUCCAAAGGGCGGCAAUUCGAAAUGGCCAGCUAACGGAAAUGGAUUUUGAAAGCAAACUGGCUGCAAGUAAAAUAUCCAUUGCCUUGGCCAUGGCCAAUAAACAAAUGCAGCCGGAAAAGUUGCCCAAAACGGAAAGUUCCUCAUCGGAGGGCGAGGGCGAAGAAGAGGAGGAGGAGGAGGAGGUGUCCUCCAGUGAACAUGGCGGUUCCACGGAGGCCCACGAUUCACAGGAUCAGGAUGUGGCCAUGCGGGAGAUCUAAAACAAAAAAAAACUGAUGAAAAUCCCCCCCACACACACAGUCAAAUUAACUUGUGCCAAAAAGUCGAAUAUUGCUAUUGCUCAUCCACAAAGAGGAGGAACCACCCCCAAAAAACAAACAAAAAAGGAAAAAACAGAAGGAAAACCCCCAUAAUUAUAAAACCUAAAUGUAAUUUAAUUGUCGCGUAAUCCGUUCACCUUUAGGCUUGUAUUUAAUUUAUUUAAUAUACUUAAACGCUAAGGCUAGGCUUUUGUAAAUGUCGCAUUUAAAUGUCCGCGUAAACCAUGGCAAAUUGUAAUCUGAACUUUCGAGAAUUUCAUGUGAUAAUGUAUACGAGGCGAUUACAAAAUUGAUUUUACUACUUGAACUAUGAACUAUAUAAUAUCUAGGCCUGUAAGCUCUGCUACCCUGUAAAUUGCAAUUAAAUGAAACAUAUUUAUUGAGUGUUUGUACAAAAAAUGAAACUUAGGCUACAAAUGAGAUGAUAUAGCCCAGAAAAAAAGUUUUAAUUCUGAUUAAAUUUAGCGGAAUUGUAAGAAUUUUAAUUUUACUUGGAUCUUGUUACUAUAUAUUCCAAAUAAUAAACUUAAAUCCAUGCUUCAAAAAUUUUUCAGAGCUUAUUUUAACCAAAAUUAAAUAAAAACCGAUACAAUGUCUAUGAAAUACCACAUUCUUAGGUCCUUAAAUUUGUUUACAAAGAUCUUUAAAAUUAAUUCCGCUAGAUUUAAUAGGACUAUAAAACAAAACCAUGGCUGAUUGAACUCUCGGCCAUUACACAUUUUAAAUUCAACAAAUUAAACGAAAACAAAAUAUACAGAAUAAAUUCAAUCGAUCACA